UGCUUGUACAGAACCAGUCAAGGAAAGAGCAGUAGAAUGUCCCACUGAGCAAAUCGGAUGCUUAGUUACCCUGCAAGAGGCUAGCCUAUCAACUCUUAGCUUGAGUUUGAAGAUUCAAGGGAGCACCAGGUUUGAACGUUUCAAAGUAAUCAACAAAAAGAACUCUCCCUUUGAAAGACUUGAUGCAAGUAUUGUCUUUUACCUGCAAUCUUCUCAACAUAUCUACGGCUAUAGUUCAUUACCUGCAAGACACGGCUUGACAAGUCUACAACCAUAUUGACUCGUAUGUUCUUCAGUCCCUAUAAAUACUGGCCAUGGCUUCUACUUUUCUUACUCAGACCAAACUUACUCAUCUCGAAUGGCAUUCCAUUUGCAACCACUGCUACUGAUUCUCCUCUUAUUCGUUUCACGUUUCGAGUACUCUCACUCUGGUGGGAUUGCUACAUACUGGGGCCAAACGGAUGACACCAGGGAAGGAACCUUAGCCGAUGCUUGCAACUCCGGAAACUACCAGUUCAUCAGCAUUGGCUUCCUGUCCACUUUCGGCAACAGCCAACCCCCGAUGCUAAAUUUAGCAGCCCAUUGCGACACAAGGCCUGAGUUGAACACCUGUUUACGUUACAGCGCUGACAUUGCUGCUUGUCAACAAAAAGGCGUCAAAGUUCUCCUCUCCAUUGGGGGCGCAAAGGGUUCAUACACCCUCUCCUCACCCGAUGAUGCAAAAAAUGUCUCGGAUUACCUGUGGAACAACUUCUUAGGCGGCCAGUCCCCCUCAAGGCCGCUAGGAGACGCUGUUUUAGAUGGCAUCGACUUUGACAUUGAGAUGGGAACAGGGCAGUUCUGGGAAGAUCUUGCUCGUGCUCUAACCGGUUAUAACAAAAAAGUUUACUUGUCUGCAGCCCCGCAAUGUAUAUCCCCUGAUAGCCAUCUAAGCCCCGCACUACAAACUGGCUUAUUCGACUACGUCUGGGUGCAGUUUUAUAACAAUCCUUCCUGUGAUUAUUUGGGGGGUCCUGCUGCUGUUUUGGAUAGUUGGAAUAAAUGGACUAUGGUUCCGAGUAAACAGAUAUUUCUGGGGAUACCAGCUUCUCAAGAAAAAGAAGCAGCUGGGAGUGGAUAUAUAUCAUCUGAUGAUCUGAAAUCGCAGAUUCUUCCGAUUAUCAGCAAGUCUCCAAACUAUGGAGGGGUUAUGCUAUGGGACAGAAGCUUUGACAAGGGUUAUAGUGCAGCUAUUAAGGGCAGUGUUUGAUCUGCACUCGAAGCUCACACGACGUUUUUAAUCUAUAUAGAUCAAUAAGUGAGGCUCUCGCUCUUCUAUAUUGUUGAGUUGAGGCUUUACUCUCAUUUUAUUUUAAUUUCUUUAUAUAAAUAAUGUACUCGUUAGCUUAAUCCAUGACAAUGGAUUAGUAUUCAUUGGCCAACAGAAAUUCUUGAAAAUAAUUCAGAUUCAACGGAGUAUAAGUAGAAAGAGUCAUAUUAGCAAGAUCAAGGAUAAAUAUUUAUGAAAAUGUACACGAACAUCACUGGCAGAAGCACUUUAGGAGUCUAUGCGCUUCUAUUGUGGUUCAAAAAUUUACACUUGCAAUGCUACAGACAGGGCCGACCUCGGACUUGUUAUAUUAAUUUCAGCCUAGCUACGGAGAACGAAUUUUUCAAAAUAAUGUGAGUAAUUUUUCUUUUAUUCUUAUUUGUAAACAUGUAUUAGCAUUACUUGCUUAUGCAUAUGUUAGAUUUCAUAUAAAUUGGAAGAUAGAACUUAUGACUAUGAUUCUAUAUUUUUAAAAUAUUCUACUUACAUAUAUUUUUUAAUUGAAUUGUGUUAAAAAUAAUAUUACUCCAACCCAGAUAGAAAUUAAAUCCUGGGUCCGUCCCCGACUACAACUCAAGCAUGUUCUCUGUCUUUAUACUCCCUUCAAAUCCUGUUACUAGCGCGAGCAAAGUCUGCAAUAGUCUUUUAUUCCCCAAAUCCAUAUCCACCAUUGUUAAAUUUUUUAACAGUAGCGAGAGGAACUAAAUACUUUGUUGCCAUUCAAUCGCUUUGUUUGUCCUCUGAUAACUAAAGAAGAGGUGACUGACUGACUGCUGAGGUUGCUAUCUAUAUUAACUACUGUCAAUAUGUGUAGAACACAUGUUUAAGUUCUAAGUUAACAUAAGCCACUGUGAUGUUGCAGGCCCAUAGGGAAUGUGGCUAUGCGCUUUCACAUUAGGACUAGACAACAGCAGCUAAUAUAGAGAGAGCAACUGCACUUCUGGUCCCAGCGAUGAACAAGCAUCUUGGUUGAGUGAAACUCAUCAGCAGAAUCCUUGAGGAGGCAAAGCAGACUGAUUAGCUAUACUCUUAUGGCUGCUAUUGUAAUUCUCUUCAGUCCAUCUUGUACUGGUUUUAUAUCUAAUUUUAUAUGGUUAACUAUGAGGAAUCCAGUCCCCAGACUCUUGUAUACAGCAAUGCCGGUUAUCAUACUCUGCCAUUUUAAUAACCGGUUUCCUUGUCUUUCAAGUUUCAGAGGACCUUGUAGUUUAAUCUUCAGUAUAUAUGCAGAAACCACAUUCUGGCAGAGAUAGAAGUCAUCAUCAGUACUGCGCCUCAUUGUGCCUGCAAUUCUCCUUUCUUGACUUGCCAGCCAAGAGGGCACGGGUCAUUAAGGUAUAUAAUAACAUAUAAUCACACAAGUUGACCUUAUCAUCUUGAAAGUAAACAUAUGCACAUUAUAUAUGUAUAUUUAUACAACAUUGACAAACAAGGAUUCUAAACCAGCCAGGCUAAACCAAUAGACCCUCUGAUUUCCGGAGAUCAGAACUAAAAGUCAGGGCUUCAAACAGUUCCCUAUUGUUUGUCCAAGUUCAGUCGGGACUAGAGUCUAGGUUAGCUACUAUCUCUACAAGCAAUAACAUCAUAGAGCCUUGGAAAUAUUUCACAACUUGGUGGUCCGGUGGAAAAUAAAGUUUGGAAAUGCUGCAAUAAAGAAAGCCACUAACUUGACUUUAUCGUUUGAAGUUUUUUGUCCUUUGUUCAUCAUAUGAUAAUGUCAACUAUAGGAUAUGUUUGUGGGCGGCUUGUUUCAUUGUCCUAUUACCAAGUCGCAGCAAUCCAUCCUUUCAUAUUCUAAUACACAACUUCAACGCGGCUCAAAUAAAUUUUUAGUACCACAUAACUUCCAACUCUUGUAUAAAUUGACCUCACUACCUCACAACAUUGCACAACCACCGAACAAAAUGCCUCAAUUUCUUCCACUUCUCGCGCUCUUAAUCCUCCCCCUCUUCGGAACCACAGUCUCUGGCACCGGCAUCGCCAUCUACUGGGGCCAGAACGGCAAUGAAGGCAACCUCACACAAACAUGUGCCACCGGAAAAUUCCCCUAUGUCAAUAUAGCCUUCCUCAACAAAUUUGGCAGUGGCCAAACCCCAGAACUCAAUCUUGCAGGCCACUGCAACCCUGCCAGCAACACGUGCACAUCCCUAAGCGAGUCGAUACGCUAUUGUCAGCAAAAAGGCAUCAAGCUGAUGCUAGCUAUUGGCGGCGGUAUUGGAAACUACUCUUUAGCUUCCAAGGCCGACGCAAAAAUUGUCGCCAAAUAUCUAUGGAACACUUUCUUAGGCGGAAAGUCGAACUUGAGACCUCUGGGUGACGCCAGUCUGGACGGUAUCGACUUCGAUAUCGAACUCGGCUCGGUAAAUUAUUACGAAGAUCUCGUAAAAUAUUUAGUUGCUUAUGGUAAGAAAGGCAGAAAAGUGUACAUAACAGGUGCACCACAAUGUCCAUAUCCUGAUGCACAUCUUGGAAAGGCAAUUAGUACAGGAUUAUUCGAUUAUAUUUGGGUACAAUUUUACAAUAAUCCUCCUUGUCAGUAUACUUCUGGAAGUACUGACAAUAUUUUAAAUUCAUGGGCCAAAUGGACCACCACUGUGAAGGCUGGAAAAAUAUUCUUGGGCCUGCCUGCAGCAGCCAAGGCUGCCGGAAGCGGGUUUAUUCCGGCGGAUGUGCUGAGUUCUCAGAUUUUACCGGUGAUCAAGAAGUCGCCUAAGUAUGGUGGUGUAAUGUUGUGGUCUAAAUAUUGGGAUGAUCAGAGUGGAUAUAGUGACUCAAUUUUGAGUAGUCUGUGAGAAUUUGUAUUACUAUAAGCUAAGCUGAAUUUGCAAUGUCGAAUUCAUGAAAUCUCGGGAUGACUGAGAAUCGAAAUAAUUAAUAGAGGUGUACUCUUUACCUUUUCUAAAUUCAUCGAUAAACGAUAUUUUUCACGAA